CGGCCGCUGGAAGCCUCUGAGAAGGUAAACGAGCCACACGCGGUCCGCGUUGCCGUGUUUCAGAACGGUGCCGGUAGUUGUCUCACCUUGCGGCAGGGCUUCAGAAGAGCUAGAGGAGCCUGAAGACAAUCACGUGGAAGUAGCAUCACCCGCUUUUGAUCAUGGUGGACAGGGUUGGUGUCUCGGAGGAAGCAGAAUUUGGGGAUGAUGUGGAUUUGCCUGCGGAUGACCAUCUCACGACGUUGAAGGCCUUGACAGAGAAAUUAAGACUGGAGACGAGGAGACCCUCUUACCUGGAGUGGAAAGCCCAGCUGGAGGCGGAUAGCUUCAGAGAGUCAGGAACUGGGAAAGACCCGAUUCAAGUGGAGCCUGAAGGGAAAGUAGUGGCAGCCAAAGAGGCUGUAGUGAACUCUGAUGUGAUUCAGUGCAAGUUGCCAUCAGGUGUGCUGAAGGGAUUUGGGAAUAUCGACGAGGCUCUCAGUUGGCUCAGGAGAGAACUGACCGACAUGCGCUUGCAGGACCAGCAGCUGGCAAGGCAGCUCAUGCGGCUCCGGAACGACAUCAACAAGCUGAAGAUCGAGCAGACAUGCCACCUGCAUCGCCGGAUGCUCAACGAUGCCACCUUUGGCCUCGAGGAGCGGGACGAGCUGUCAGACCUGUUGUGUGAAUGCCCGGUGACCCCGGGCCUCGGCCUCUCGGCCCCGCUGAGACUCAUCGGCGUCACAAAGAUGAACAUUAAUUCUCGCCGGUUCUCGCUCUGCUAGUGGGUCCUGAGUCCUGAAUACAAAACAGCUUGUCUAAUCUUUGCUCCAGUGCAACACGCCAGCCAUGGCCAUAUAUUAGAUAGUGGUGAAAUCCUUUGUGCUUUUAGGGCUUGACCACAUUGUUGUGAGGAUGAACCCAGUUUUAUAGUCUCUAUAAUCAAAAACAGAGAUUUAGGUAAUGAAUAUUAUUUUGGAAGAAGAGUUUGACUUUAGUAAGUACAUGGCAGCUAUAUACCACAACCUCUCUGUCUUAAAACCGCAGCAGAUUUUAAACCUUCAGGCCAUCAUGACUUGAAACACAAUUCUAGCAGUUUUAAAACUAAAAUAAAGCAAUCUCAAGCUUAUUCCUGUCCUUUUUAUAAGCCUUAUAAGUUAUAUUGUUACUCAGUACGUUAUAUAUUUCCAUGUACUUUGGUUGUUUGCUUUGGGCUUUAUCCACAUGCCAAUAUUUAUCAAGCACAAAUUAAAUAUUUAACCAUAUUUCUACUGCAUACAGGCCUCUGUAUGAUUUUUUUUUUUUGUCCUGGAUCUUAAUAUAAAUGUUUUGUGCUUUUAAAAAGAUGCCUUAAUGUUGAUACAAAUUGAACACGAUAUACCUAAUGCAUAUUUGAUUUAGCAAGUAGUAUAAAUCUUAGGGAGCAUCAUUUUUUUGUAGAAUAUAAUGGAAAUGAUUUAAUCUUUAUAAUGGUCGUCAAAUUGCACUAGCUACUGAACUCAUGACUGUUUCUAGUCCAUUGCUGACGUUUGCUUCUUAUAAGUAACGAUCGCUUGCAAAGUCUUGAGCCCUUGGUUGGAGCUAUGCCUUUUUCUCUAAUAGUUGAGCUCCAGCCAGGAAGUGACCAUUUGAGAUGGCAAUGUCUGUUUGAAACAAAAACAUGUCAUAUUUUCAUGGAUAAACAUUGAAUUAUAACUUAUGUAGAUCUCCAUGUGUGUACCAAAAGACAUGAUUAUAUGGCUCUUGUUAUAACCCCUCUUGUUAUGUUGGCAGUUACUGUAUGAUUGGAUAUAACAUUGGAUAUAUACUCACUACUAUAACAACAAAUUGGGUUCAGGGGGCUUGCAUCAGAAACGUGAGCAUAUUAAAAUUCGAGUCAACCAUAGUCCCAAUACACAAACCAUUCACUAGGAAAAUUAGUUUCUGGAUUUGAUACCCCUCCUUGUGGCCCAGAUAUGCCAUAAUACAAUCUAAACAAAGCCCAUAUUUACGCAGCUUUAAAGCUCACACACACCUCAACAUCUAAUUUGUUUGCAACAGUGGAACAGAUAGAACAGAUUACCUCUUAUAUCAACCUAUGAAAUGAUGACAGUAACACUGAUUUGUGAUACUGCUGUUACUAGUGUUCCAACAUUAUAUGAUCAGCUUUCUGUACCAACGCAAUACUUGGCCUUAGUCUCAGUUUGCACUGUCCCAUGAGGAGUGAGGCAUGAUGCCACCUGUUAAGAAAAUAACUGCUAUGUCGACUGGAUCUUGUGUUAACAAGCCUAUAAUCCAAUGGAACAUACCCUAAAACUGGUUUGGUAAAAUAUGAUACCCUGAAAUGGGUCAUUGUAAGUGGUAGUUUGUCUGUACAAAUAUACUGG